UUAUUUGAAGUAAUUGGCGGGAAAACCUACCUUGGAAAAGAACAUAACAUCCGUGGCACGUGGGAGCAAACCAAAUUUGGCUUUUAUUUCCUUGGAGAGAAAUUGGUGAACUGGAAGGAGAAUUGGAUGACAUGCUGCAGUCUGGGCCUCAAACCUUUAGCUGUGACGAACGAUCUUUGGGACCAUUUCAAGAAAGCGAAUAACUCCGUGCAGAAUUUGGUUUACUGGUCGGCAAUGAAUCGAAAUGGAUGUCCUCUUCACUUCGAAAACUUCCUCCACAACUUAUCAGCAACGUCCCUAAAUAGUAUACAUGGAAUCAGGAAAGGAGGGUCUUGCGUGGCCGUUUCGUUUCGAGAAAAAGUCAACAUUGAGAUUGACCCUGCUAUAGUAUUUAAGACCACCGCCUGCGCAUCCAAACUGCUGUUGGGCUGCGAAGAAACGGAAAAGACCUUCGAAAUCAGGGAGGACACAAUAAGCAACUGCGACCUUCCAGAGUGCACAGGGCUACCCGAUUGCGUAAUGGAACAUGAUUUUUUCCUAAAGCGACCCUUUCGAGUCUUGCUUGCACCCUGGCGUUUCGGCAAUUGGCAUUCAUGUUGCGACAACAGCAUCCUUGAGUUGCAUGAUGAAUAUGGCACUUGGGACGAGGCUUACAAACGGUGCUGCUCCCUUGGAAUGGACCUCCUCUCAGUCCACAAUUCAGCCAAGCAAUACUGCUUGGGCAAUCCUUACAAAAAUAGCAAUUCGAAUGAGAAAGGGUAUCUGCCAUUCCGAACAGAAGCCUGGACGGCGGGGCGGGACAUCGAUUCUUGUCGCGGACAAUUGCGAUGGUGCACCAGCUACCUGAACGACUACCUGAAAAAUGACCUGACGUGGAAAAAGGGCCAUGAUCCGAGAUUUGCGAACAACUCGUGCGUCUACAUCGAUUUUGGGGAUCCAGUUGAGCCUAGUCUGGCGUUGGCCGACUGCUCGGAAAAGAAACAGAUCAUCUGCGAGGCGCCCAUGGGAGUUGGAUUCAAAUCGCAGAUGCACUAUCACUCUUGCAGGAGAAAUUUCAGAGUUAAAGAAAGCGAUGCUGUGAAAAUGUGGAACACUGGCGAUUUGAGCAGAACCAGUUACGCAGCUAAAAAAAUGAUUCAAUGCCUAGCAGAGCACAUAGGACUGGUGUACAACUCAACCAAAAUCAACUUGCACGUUUACCUGAAAUUGUUGUCAAGAAUGAUGCAUCCCAUUAACGCUGAAUUGGAGAAAAAAAUGGACACCAACCGAAUAAAGUGGAACAGGUUUUCCAAACAUCUUAACGGUGAGAAGAACAGAAUCUUAGACGAUGCGUUUGGUGAUGAAUCAAGGGACGGCCAAUACUCGGUCCACUUUGAUUUUGCUACUGAAAUGAUGAACAAACUCUACGAAUGCAGAGAAAUCAAUAUAACGAAUGAGGAAACGUUUGCGUUUGACUUCCUGGUGUGUCUCCUUCAGACCAAAACGUUGGACGCAGCUACUGGAAAAUCUACAGUUUUAACUUUGAACGAGUCAGUGUGAUUCCCGCGGAAAACGAUCCUAACUCACCGUGCAUGACGUUUGCCAAUAUUUUGAAAUAUGAUACUUCUUGCAUUCCACUGGAUGGCUUUCUUCCGCUGAAUGAAUCAAGAUCUUUUCUUACCCUGACACCGUUCAACAAAACAAUGUUCAACUCGUCAUCUUUCACCGCGUGUUUGGAAAGGAAUGGCUCGCUGCCUUACGCGGAAACCAAACAGGAGUUUGAAGUGAUCUACAAUUAUAUCAGAAGCGUGGCUCCGACGCUGACUAUAAUCUGGGACCAAGGAUUCUACGACAAGCUGAACGAUAAAUUUAUGUGGUGCAGCAGCGACUUCAUCCCCUUCGGACCAAAGGCAAAUAUUCCGAUCCCUGUCGCCGUGAACGCGACGACCAAAGAGGACUUCGUGAUGCUGGUCUCGCUGCCGGGUGCGACGCCAAAUCUGCACGCCGUCCCCGCCACCGAGCAGCUCAUGUACCAAACCCUAGUCUUUUGCCGCUUACCAGAUUACGUGGUGUACGAGUGCUUGACAAGAAUGGAAGCCGAGUGGGAUGAGUUCUUAAAGCUUUACGAUUAUUAGAAUUGGGAAUUAAUUUUUCAACAUUACAUUUAUUUUGGCCUAGAAAUUCCAAAACAUGUAGCCUGGUUUGUGACAUAUUCUGUAAUUGUUUUUAUCUGACUGCAUUAUUGUUCCGAAUUGUAAAAAGCAAAGUAAAUAAUUAA